AAUUUAGGAAAUCCUUUUCUAACUCUUACGAAUAUCAAUACAAUAAUCAAUAAAAAUAAAAAUAUUAAUUAAAUUUCGAGUUCGACACACCAAAACUUCACGCCGCCGGCGUGUCCAGUCCAGCUGCCACCGUACCUUCCCAAAACCCCCACCUUUUUUAAACCCACGGCGGCCGCAUAAUUCCUGAGAGAGAGAGAGAGAAGAAAGAGGGGAAGAGCGAAAUCAUCAUCACUUCUUAAGCAUGGCGGCAGCUUCAGAAACCGAGAGCCUGCAACCGGAAAUCAUUAUUCCCGAUGAGUGGUCGAACGCAGCCGGCGCGAUAGCCAGCGGCGCUGUUUCUUUUCCUAUUGCUUUUGUCUGCGGCCCCAAAAACAGCGGGAAAACAACUUUCGCCCGCCACCUCGUUAAUGUCCUUCUCCAGAGGCACAAAAGGGUGGCUUUUCUUGAUACUGAUGUUGGGCAGACGGAGUUUACUCCGCCUGGUCUCCUAGCACUGACUGUUAUUGACAAAAUAACUCCAGAUUUGACGAUUCCAUGCGUGAAAACUCCUGCAAGAUGCUUUUUCUUCGGUGACAUCUCCUCUAAAAGAGACCCAACAACUUAUUUGACUUAUAUAAAGGCCCUUUAUGAUCACUAUAUGGAAACAGAAAUCCAGGGUGCAGGGCUACCACUUGUCAUAAAUACCCCGGGCUGGGUAAAAGGUAUUGGUUAUGAGAUACUGGUUGAAAUGCUAAGAUAUAUAUCUGCCACACAUGUGGUUAAGCUUCAAAGACCGGUUUCCACAAAGAACUUACCAGAUGGGGCAUUUUGGUUAAACGAGGGGGAUGCUGAUGCUGAUGCUGUCACAACUGUCAUUGAGAUUAAUGCUCCUCCUCAGAACCAUUUCAGUUCAUCGGCGCCAAUGCGAAAGGAUGCACGUCUUCUACGAGAUCUGCGAGUAAUGGCAUACUUUAGGCAAUGCUUUCCAAGUGACAUGAUUAUCUCCACGAUUAAGGAACUUUCUCAUGCAUUGGCUGCUCACCCGCCUUAUGAAAUUCCCAUAUCAAGUGUCAAGAUAAAACACCUCCAUUGCCAGGUCGCGACUACCGAGACUUUCUACAGUUUGAAUGCAACCAUUGUUGGGCUGGCAAUCAGUUCAGCCUCCGAGCAAUUGCCUCAAUGUGUUGGCUUGGGAAUCGUGAGAGCAAUUGAUACCUUCAAAGGGCUACUCUAUGUCAUAACCCCUGUUCCGCCUCAGAUUUUGGAAGAUGUCGAUUUGUUACUUCAAGGAUUCAUUCAAAUUCCUACUUCUUUACUGCAGGUGCAGGGCUGUAUUUCCCCUUACUUGUCUUCGAACGUACUCUCUACUAAUUAGGAUAUACUUUUUCGGUUAUGUUACAGAGAGAUCGUAGUGUUAAAGACCUUUUAUGAGUAUAAGCAUGUAGAAACAUAGAUUAUGGAUGUAAGAACUGAUUUUACCUACAGAUUUGUUCGUAAUGGGAAUUUCACAAGUUUAUGACCA